GAUGGCUGGUUCGUGAAUAAAACUAACGUAGAAUUCCCAAAAGAUGUAAAAUGGUUACUCUCGUUAGGAGAAAAAUUUGGAUUACCAACUAGCAAACAGAACUUUCCACUAUUCAAAGUCAUUGCUGACGGCGACGACAUCAUACAAACAAACAACGACAAAGAGCAACAAGAAAUAAUGAGAACCAAAUUUACAACAAUGCUAGACUCACAUCUAAACAAAAUGAGAGAUAGCUACAGAGACAAAUUUAUUAACACAACAGUGGCUCACAGCAAAACAUUUUUGAAACAAAAUAAAAAUAUUUUAAUUUUAAAUGCGGAUAAGGGUAAUGUGACAGUAGCAAUGUAUAAAGAUGAUUAUCAACAAAGAAUGAAUGAGAUAUUAGGUGACAUGAUGACUUACCAACGAUUAAUUAAAGACCCCACAUCUAACUUGUCCAAGAAAAACAAUGAACUCGUGGAAGAAUUGUUUAAAAACAAUAUACUAUCGACGGCAGAGAAAAAAUGUCUGAAAACUGACGUGGCUAUAGCACCAAGACUAUACGGACUACCCAAAAUUCAUAAAGAAAAUUUCCCCUUGAGACCUAUAUGCUCAUCGGUUAACUCACCUUCAAUACAAUUAUGCAAAUAUGUGGUAAAUAUUCUAAAAAAUCUGACCAAAAACUCCAAAUACAAUGUAAGUGACUCGAUGCAAUUUAGAGAUAAGAUUAAAAACUUGACGAUUAAAGACGAAGAGCAGAUGGUCUCAUUUGAUGUUGUGUCACUUUUUCCAAGUAUACCUGUGGACCUGGGACUAGAAAUAAUAGAGAAAAGAUGGAACGAAAUUGAGGAAUACACCAAUAUGUCAAAGAGCUUAUUUUUAAGUAUUCUAAAGUUUUGUAUUAAAGAUAAUCGAUAUUUUCAAUAUGAGGGCAGAAUAUACAAACAAAAGAAAGGACUACCUAUGGGUUCACCAGCUUCUCCGAUUGUAGCUGAUAUAGUGAUGGAGAAACUACUUGACACCUGCAUGGAAAAACUUAAGACGAAACCUGUGAUAUUAACAAAGUAUGUAGACGAUUUAUUUAUGAUUGUUGGGGAAAAUGCAAUACAAGAAACAUUGACGACUUUCAAUAAUUUCAACAAAAAUAUUAAAUUUACCAUUGAAAAGGAGCAUAAUGGUUCCAUCCCAUAUCUGGACACACUUGUAAUGAGAAAGGACAAUAAAAUAGAAAUGAACUGGUAUCAAAAACCGACGGCAUCGAGUCGCAUAUUAAAUUUCCACUCGAAACAUCCAAAACAAAUGAUUAUUAACACAGGUAGGAAUCUUAUAAACAGAAUAUUGAAUAUUAGCGACCAUAAAUUCCACGAAACUAAUAAAAACAAAAUACGAAAAAUACUGUCCAAAAACUGUUUUCCAAAAUUAUUAAUUGAAAAAUUAAUAAAUGAAUAUAAUAUACCGAAAUCUAAGGACAAAUCUCAAGAAAAAUAUUACAAAUCAAUGAUUUAUAUUCCUGGAUUAUCUGAGAGAUUCCAAAAUUCCGAUUUAUAUGACAAGGAUAAACUGCAAAUAGCAACACGGACAAACAAUACACUAAAAAGUUUAUUUACUAAUACCAAAAGUAGAAUUCCGUUAAGUGAGAGACACAAUGUAAUAUAUAGCAUUGAAUGUGAUGGAACAAAAGACGAAAAAUGUGGAAAAAUAUAUGUUGGUACCACAAAAAACAAAUUAAAAACUAGAAUAUCGGGACAUAAAUCAGACAUUAAAUUAAGGAGCCAAAACAAUAUUCAAAAAACAGCACUUGCGGAACACUGUAAACUUAACAACCACAUACCAAACUUUGACAAAAUACGAGUAUUACAGGCGGAGAACAACUACAACAGAAGGUUAACAUUGGAGAUGCUGCAUAUAAAUAACAUACCAACAAACAAAAAGAUCAAUUACAAAAGCGACACCGAUAAUGCAGCUUAUUGUUAUCGACACUUGACAAAGAAGAGAUCGUGCAAUACGUAGAAAUAAUCAGUGCAAUAAUAACACCAGACAAUGGUAGUAAAAACUACAUUAGCUGUUAAGUAAAUCUGACAAUUUUAUGUAAAUAUUGCCCCUGAAGAUGCAAUUUGAUAAUUGCGAAAUAUUGGGAACAUAUUAUUGUAAUCAAUAAAAUAAAUCCGAAAAUGGCCUAAAGCUCGAAAAAAUCUUAUUAUUUAU